AAACCAGGAGCCCCAGAAUGGACCUGGAGCAAACCUUUGCUGCCUUGUACUCUAAAAACGGACAACUCAGGCAGGAAAAUGAUCAGUUGAAGGCAAUGCUGAGUCUAGUCAAGGAAAACAGAGACCUGAGAGCCAGGAUGCACAGCUUCAACGAUAACACUGUGGAGGAAUUAACAGUUUGCUCAGCCUCAGCAGGAAGAAAUCCACCUGGUCUGUGGCAAAACACCUGUGACGAGAAACAGUUCAGAAAAGAGUUUCAACAAAUGAACCUCAAACAUGAACACAGAACCUCAUCCCCCGUCGACUUCGAAUCUUUCAUACAAAACUCGGUGCAUGCAGACACAAGUGAGAUUCAAACCACCCAGGCUGAUAUUCCUCUUGAGGUCAAAGACCCAGACAGGCUCCUGGGAGAGAUUGCCUACCAGCUGGAUAGGAGGAUUCUGUUCCACAUUUUCCAGGGUCAUAGGAGGCUUUAUGGUUUCACAAUGCUCAACAUACCGGGCAAGAUCAUAGAGAUGAGCACACACCCACUGACAGGGAAGGUAGAUGAAGGCUAUCGGCUUCACCUCACUCAGAGGUAUGAUGAUCUCAUGGAGAGCUUGAACCAGCUCGGGUAUAAAACAAUGCUUCACCCUCCUUUUGCCGAAUUCAUCGUGAACACCUACGGGAUCCUGACUCAGAGGCCAAGUGACUGCAGAACCCAGGAAACAGACUACAAUAAUCCAGAAUUCCUGAGGAAGAUAAUAACAGCCAGGGCACCUAGACAACUUCAGAAGGACCUGCUGCUUUUGCUCACCUGCCUCUGCAACAUGGCAGAGAAAGAUAAGAGGCCUCUCCUUCUCUGGUGACAUGAUUGUAUCCAAAGACGCACCCAAUCCAGCAAGCUUACAUUGUCCACGAACUGGAAAUAAAUUCUGUUAAAUGAU